AUGCCUGAUUAUACAAAAGAUCAAAUACAUAACCUUGAAGCUUUAAUCGGUCCUAAAAAAAAUAUAUAUGUAUGUGUAAAUCAUAAAAUCAAAAAAGGAAUUGAGGAAAGAGAUUGCAUAAUUAUUAAUACUGAAAGAUUGAUUGAAGAUCGUACACUAGGCAGAGUGCGCAAGAUGUUUAAAAAAGCAUUAAAUUUUGAUAGUGUUUCAUUCAAUAUUGAUGAAUUGGAAUUAGGAAAGUCGCUUAAAAUGGUUGAAGGAAUAGAAUAUCCUGAAUCACAAGA